AUGCAGGCGGCGGCCGCCGCGUCCGUGCCCAUCUUGCUGCUCUGCGCCCUGGGGACCUGCCCCUGGGCGCGCUGCGGCCGGGCAGGAGACGCCUCGCUGGCUGAGCUGGAGAGGAGGACCGAAAACCGCUUCCUGGGGCGCCAGAGCAUCGUGCCGCUCCGGCUCCUCUAUCGCUCCGGCGGCGAAGACGAAACCGGGCACGACAGGCUCACCACGCGGGUGCGGGGCCGCCCCGGCGGCGCUCAGUUGGCUCAUGUUGACCAGGCAAGCUUCCAGGUCGAUGCCUUUGGAACAUCAUUUAUUCUUGAUGUCGUGCUAAACCAUGAUUUGCUGUCCUCUGAAUACAUAGAGAGACACAUUGAACAUGGAGGGAAGACGGUGGAAGUUAAAGGAGGAGAGCACUGCUACUACCAGGGCCAGAUCCGAGGAAACCCCGCCUCAUUUGUGGCAUUGUCAACAUGCCAUGGACUUCACGGGAUGUUCUAUGAUGGGAACCACACCUAUCUCAUUGAGCCAGAAGAAAAUGACACCUCCCCAGAGGAUUUCCGUUUUCACUCAGUUUACAAAUCCAGACUCUUUGAAUUUCCUUUGGAUGAUCUUUCCUCUGCGUUCCAACAAGUAAAUAUCACUCCACCAAAAUUUAUUUUGAAGCCAAGACCAAAAAGGACCAAACGGCAGCUCCAUCGCCAUCCUCGGAAUGUAGAGGAGGAAACCAAAUAUAUUGAACUGAUGAUUGUGAACGAUCAUCUCAUGUUCAAAAAACAUCGGCUUUCUGUUGUACAUACCAAUACUUAUGCGAAAUCUGUGGUGAACAUGGCGGAUUUAAUAUAUAAAGACCAACUUAAGACAAGGAUAGUAUUGGUUGCCAUGGAAACCUGGGCAGCUGACAACAAGUUUGCCAUAUCUGAAAAUCCAUUGAUCACCCUACGUGAGUUUAUGAAAUACAGGAGGGAUUUUAUCAAAGAGAAAAGUGAUGCAGUUCACCUUUUUUCGGGAAGUCAAUUUGAGAGUAGCCGGAGCGGGGCAGCUUAUAUUGGUGGGAUUUGCUCGUUGCUGAAAGGAGGAGGCGUGAAUGAAUUUGGGAAAACUGACUUAAUGGCAGUUACACUUGCCCAGUCAUUAGCAAAUAAUAUUGGCAUUAUCUCAGACAAAAGAAAGUUAGCAAGUGGUGAGUGUACAUGUGAGGACACCUGGUCUGGAUGCAUAAUGGGAGAUACCGGUUACUAUCUUCCUAAGAAGUUUACCCAGUGUAAUGUUGAAGAGUACCAUGACUUCCUGAACAGUGGAGGUGGAGCCUGCCUUUUCAACAAACCUUCUAAGCUUCUCGAUCCUCCUGAGUGUGGUAAUGGCUUCAUUGAAACUGGAGAGGAGUGUGACUGCGGGACGCCGGCACAAUGUGUCCUUGAAGGAGCAGAGUGUUGUAAGAAAUGCACCUUGACUCAAGACUCUCAAUGCAGUGAUGGUCUUUGUUGUAAAAAGUGCAAGUUUCAGCCUAUGGGGACUGUGUGCCGAGAAGCAGUAAAUGAUUGUGAUAUUCGUGAAUCAUGCUCAGGAAACUCAAGCCAGUGUGCCCCAAAUAUUCAUAAAAUGGAUGGAUAUUCAUGUGAUGGUGUUCAGGGGAUUUGCUUUGGAGGAAGAUGCAAAACCAGGGAUAGACAAUGCAAGUACAUCUGGGGGCAAAAGGUGAUGGCAUCAGACAAAUACUGCUAUGAGAAACUGAACAUUGAAGGGACUGAGAAGGGCAACUGUGGGAAAGACAAAGACACGUGGAUACAGUGCAACAAACGGGAUGUGCUUUGUGGCUACCUCUUGUGUACCAAUAUUGGCAAUAUCCCACGGCUCGGAGAACUUGAUGGUGAAAUCACAUCUACUUUAGUUGUGCAGCAGGGAAGAACAUUAAACUGCAGUGGUGGGCACGUUAAGCUUGAAGAAGAUGUAGAUCUUGGCUAUGUGGAAGAUGGGACACCGUGUGGUCCCCAAAUGAUGUGCUUAGAACACAGGUGUCUCCCUGUGGCCUCCUUCAACUUUAGUACUUGCUUAAGCAAUAAAGAAGGCAUUGUUUGUUCAGGAAAUGGAGUUUGCAGUAAUGAGCUGAAGUGUGUGUGUAACAUGCACUGGACCGGUGCUGACUGCAGCACAUACUUCCCUCUCAACGAUGAUGAAAAGGCUGGUAUAACUCUGUCUGGCAAUGGUGUUGCUGGUACCAAUAUCAUAAUAGGCAUAAUUGCUGGCACCAUUUUAGUGUUGGCCCUCAUAUUAGGAAUGACUGCAUGGGGUUAUAAAAACUAUCGAGAACAGAGGUCAAAUGGACUCUCUCAUUCUUGGAGUGAAAGGAUCCCAGACACAAAGCAUAUUUCAGACAUCUGUGAGAAUGGGCGACCUCGAAGUAACUCUUGGCAAGGUAAUGUGGGAGGCAACAGAAAGAAAAUCAGAGGCAAAAGAUUUAGACCUCGGUCUAACUCCACUGAGACUUUGUCUCCUGCCAAGUCUCCUUCUUCAUCUACUGGGUCUAUUGCCUCCAGCAGAAAAUACCCCUACCCAAUGCCUCCACUUCCCGAUGAGGAGAAGAAAGUGAACCGACAAAGUGCCAGGCUCUGGGAGACAUCCAUUUAA